GGUAGAUAGAAUAAAUAGUGUCUAGCAUUGUUUGAAAGGUUUAAUAUAAUUCUUAGUUCACGCACAGCAAAAAAAUUGUAGCUGGUGAUGCUUAGACAAAAAUCGGUUUCAAUCUGGCCACGGUAACUUGCUGCUUCUGCUGGUUCUGCUGCACUCUGCUGAUCCGCCCACGCUUUCGUUUGAUUUGAUUUCGUGAUAAGUAGUCCGGGCCACAUGUAAUCUUCACAUUCUUGUCACGUUCGUGCUGGUUUGGGACAACGCUACCCCCACUGAUUCGUAUUUAAAAGAAGAAAAGAAACAGGUUAACUUGGACGAAACGUUUUGGCAUGUAUCUCCUCACGUUGUAUGAAAUCAAUGUGACUUCAGUUCGACGAGCUGGCGAUCAGCAUCUCAGUAGUGCAGCGAAUCAGCCCUAGGCUCUUUGCCGCUGAUCGUGAAGACAAACAAGGAGGCGCUGGUCAAACGUGCCAUCGAAACCCAGCGACCCAACGAUGAGUGUCCUAUUUGUGAACUUGUGCACACAACGGCUCCGUCAGGUCGUGCUGCAACGGAACACGAUCCGCUGGACGAGUCACUUGCGCAGCAUUUGCAGCUCUAGGCACAACGUUCGGCCUGCGCUGCAUCUCGGGCGGUGCUUGAGCUCGGUCCGUCGGCCAACUGGGAAGAAAAGCGGCGACCUGCGAAGGCUCCUGCGCCACGCCAAACCCGAGAGGGGUCGACUGACCGUGGCGGUCGUGCUGCUCUUCGUGUCCAGCUCGGUCAUGAUCGCCUUCCCAUUUUGCAUCGGCAAGAUGAUCGACGUCAUCUACACCUCUUCCGGAGAAGCCAACCUACGUGAGAACCUGAAUCGGAUUUGCACCAUCCUAGCGGGCGUUGUGGUGAUCGGCGGCCUGGCCAACUUCGGUCGGGUCUACCUGAUGAACAACUCCGCGCAGCGCAUCAUCCACUCUCUCCGCAGGCAAGCGCACGCCUCUAUCAUUCAACAAGAGGUGGCGUUCUUCGAUCGCAGUCGAACAGGCGACCUGGUCACCCGCCUGUCCAGCGACACAGCUUUGAUCGGCAUGUCACUCACCCAGAACAUCUCGGACGGACUGAGGUCAUCCAUCGCGGUCUUGGGUGGCGUCGGUAUGAUGGUGUACACUUCUUCCCACCUGGCCCUGGUCGGUCUGAGCGUGGUGCCUCCCGUCGCCGCGGCUUCCUUUGUGUUCGCGCGGAGGCUGAAGCAGGUCGCAGUAGACGUGCAGUCACGACUGGCCCAAACGAGCGCCAUCGCGGAGGAACAGUUCUCGAACGUCCGGACCGUCCGCUCGUUCGCCAAGGAAGAGUACGAGAAGUCCCGCUACACGCAGGGCCUACACCUGCUCCUGGAUCGCAUAAACACAGAGACCACGCUGAAGGCGCUCUUCUUCGGGUGCACGGGGGCCACGGGCAACAUGAUAGUGCUGGCUGUGCUUUACUACGGCGGCAUACUGAUGUCCCGCGGCGAGCUCACUGUUGGCAGCCUGUCCUCGUUUCUGCUGUAUGCAGCCUACGUGGGUGUUUCCAUCGGUGGACUUGGCAGCUUUUUCACCGAGAGUGCCAAAGCACUCGGUGCCUCUAAGAAAAUCUGGGAAAUUGUGGACCGUACUCCAGCCUUACCGGUGGCCGGUGGCAGAAUCCUGGAGCAGCUCAGGGGUCGGGUAGAGUUUCAUGACGUCACUUUCUCAUACCCUACGCGACCCGAGGCUCUGGUCCUCAGCAAGCUGAGCCUUUUGGUUCCAGAGGGCAGCAUCCUGGCCGUUGUGGGGCCCAGUGGUCAAGGCAAGUCCACUCUAGCCGCCCUGCUGCUCAGACUGUACGAUCCCACCUCGGGACUCAUCAUGCUGGAUGGCGUGGAUGUGCGAGAGCUGGAUCCCCGUUUCCUGCGAACCAGCGUGGGCAUUGUCAGCCAGGAACCAACGCUGUUUGCGGCAUCCAUUUACGACAACAUCCUGUAUGGCUCCAAGGAUCCGGCGCAGACGACGCGUGACGAUGUAGUCCAGGCAGCAAGAGAAGCAAAUGCCCUGGACUUCAUAGAAGCUUUGCCAGACGGAUUCGACACCCUGGUUGGGGAAAGGGGGAUUCUUUUGUCAGGAGGCCAAAAGCAAAGAGUUGCCAUUGCCAGGGCUAUCUUGAGGGAUCCCAGGGUUCUGGUGUUGGAUGAGGCAACCAGCUCUCUGGAUGCCGUGAGCGAAAGGGCAGUUCAACAAGCGCUUGAGAGGCUCAUGAGGGGGCGGACUGUCCUAACCAUUGCUCACAGACUUUCGACUGUUCGAAGGGCAAGCAACAUAGCCGUCUUGAAAGGGGGUUCUAUUGUGGAGUCGGGCACUUUUGACGAGCUGGCGCACAUACCUGGUGGACUUUUCCGGACAUUAGUGGAACAUCAAAUGCAGGAUGAUCCUGUGGAUGAACAGAGCUCAUGACAAAGCUCUGUCUAGUGGCCUUGGACAGCUUAGCUUGGCUCAUUUGAUUAAGAGGUUAAGUGUGUAGUGUAGGUGAAAGCUGGGCUGCAUCUCAUCUUAUUGUAUGGUGAUCUGCUUCCAAAGGUGUGCUGGGAGCAGAAUAGAAAUAAUGUCUACUUUAGCUUGAACAUAAAGUAUCUUUGAUUAAGUACCUUAAGGACUUCCUUGAGGGUAUUACAAUGUUAUCCUUCCCAAAGAAGCUGUUAAAAGCAGAUUCAGCAGUUAGUGUUUCAAGAACUUCUAAAUUCCGACUAAAGCUCCUAAUGGUUGAUUUUUUCAUCUACAGGGUGUCACAAAAAAAGCUUUAGAGGGUUUUUUUACCGCAAAAAUAAACUAGGCAUCGCCGAACGCUCAUUCUCUGCCCAAAAGUAGCCCUAGAGGUCGCAACCAGAUGCCAAAGUUUCAGCCCGAUUCGAUGCCUUGUUCAAAAUUUAUGCGAUUUUCUGAAAAGUUCAAUGGGAAAAUGGAGCUCAUUUUUGCCCGUUUUCAGUUUCUGGCGCCAUAGAGCCCCAUGUAUUUGAAAACUCCGUCGGCCACCAUUUUCCCAUUGAACUUUUCAUAAAAUCGCUUAUAACUUUUGAAUAAAAUUUGGAUCGGGCUGAAACUUCGGCAUCUGGUUGUGACCUCUAUACCUGUUUUCACCUCAAGAACCAUAGUAAAAAAAAGUCCGGCUUCUCGCGGAGCAUUACUGAUUUUCCCCUUUAUGUAAGGAAUUGAGAUAUAGGUAGGUGAUUUGUAGAUUAGUUCUAUGUUGUCUUAUCAAGACGCACACGUUCCAAACGCCAAAAGCAUCGCUUUUUCCUCCGACAAUAAAUCUCGUAAGAACUACUUCGUGCCGCGUAUGAACAAUGCGCAAAACUUGCUUUUUUCUUGAGGUGAAAACGGGUAUAGGGCUACCUUUGGGCGGAGAAUGAGCAUUCGGCAAUGCCUAGUUUAUUUUUGCAAUAAAAAAAACCCUGUAAAUUGUUUUUUUUUGGGGGGGACACCCUGUAUAUUGAGGCUUGCCCUUGCACUGCCAAACAUAGUGAAAACUGUUUUGUAAGAGGUAGCAUCUUUAUUACAAAGUUUGUUCAUUUUGAGCUGACACAAUGAGGAUGGGUGUAAAUAUAAUUGCAAGCAUAUAUUAAAAGGGCAAUAUAAACCACA